UGGAAAAAGGGAGGGACUCAGGAAAAUAAUAGAGGAGAAUAGUUUGAUAUCUGUAGACGCCUUGUCAGUUCAUACAAUGGGUGUCUCAGAACUUGUUCUUCCGUUAAAAUAACACAGUUGCUAUGCGCUCUUUAUAAUUUCUGUGCUUUUUGAAGAAGAAAUAGUGCUGUCAUCAUUCGCAAAUUUACAGAUGGCUGCACUGCGCAAAGAUGGGAGCACACAUGAUGACAAUGGACUUAUAUUGAUAGCCUGUGAUCAAUAAGGACGAUAUAAAUGGGUGACAUUGAAGGAGUGCAGACAUGAACACAGUCUAACAUCAUGGCAUCUCCACAGUCUCUUAACCCUCCUCAGCAAGAGUCAAUGUUCACUGGUGUGACUCAGACACCCCAGCAGCAGGAAGAGGAGGACGAUGAAGAUGAAGAAAUUGGUGAGAAGUUUGAGUUUGAUGAUAGUGAAGAUGAACAUGACACAGAAGAGAACUCUGAACAGAAGAAAGUGUCGGAAUCUUCUCAUGUAGAAGCUGAGAAUUCAGAGAGGACUAAAGGGAGCAUGGCCUCAAAUGCACUUUAUUCUCAAGCUAUAAAGCGUGUCACACACAGUUACCAGCAGUCGGUUAACGGAGAGGACCAAGACAUCACCACAAAUCCACACUCAACAUACCCAGACAUGGUGGCCAGACAAUCUCCUGAUGGGAGUUCUGUAUCUGCCGAGCCUCGAAUGACUGAUGAACCGGCAAGCGCUUGGAAGAAAAAUAACAUUUAUGAAGGUCUCUGUUCUCUAGAAAACGCUGUCUCUAUGUCAGAGGGAGAACAGCUGAGGUUGAACCCAGCUUCUGCUCACUCAGAGGUCAUCUACGAUGAUGUCCCUAGUGAGAACAUCACCUCUCCAGAUGCAGAGGAUGACGUGAUCUAUGAGGAGGUGCAGAGGUCUGGUGAGUCGGCACUGAUAGACAAUGGCUGGGGUUCCAGUGAGUUUGAGAGUUAUGACGAGCAGUCAGACAGUGAGACCAAGCAGCCCACCCGUAAUAAGAUUUCUCCAGAUGUGCGGCGUCUGAAGCAACGCUGUUUCCAGACCAGGCGCGAGCUAGCCAUGCGUUUAGGGGCAUCAGAUGUUGGCCAACUUAAACAAAGCUAUGAUUUUAAGGUUCAACAGCUCAUGAAGGCUGCUAGGAAUGGCACGAAAGAUGGAUUGGAAAAGACAAAAAUAGCCAUGAUGCGCAAAGUGUCCUUCCUGAGUAAAAAAGACUGUACAGAUGACAUAGAGGAUGAUUCUGGAUAUCUGGAUGUGACUGUAUCUGAACUGAAGCAUCCACCACCUCAACUUUCUCCCAUGCCAGAGGGGCUCAGUAGCCAACAGAUUGUCAGGCGUCAUAUUCUUGGCUCUAUCAUCCAGAGUGAAAGAAGCUAUUUAGACUCACUCAAGAGGAUCCUGCUGGAGUAUAAGAAGACACUAAUUGAGGCGGAGCCACGGAUAUUAAGUGUAAAGAAGAUCCAGCCCAUUUUCUACAGGCUGAAGGAGAUACUGCAGUGUCACUCCAUAUUUCAGAUUGCGCUGGCCUCUCGUGUAGCUGAAUGGGACAAUUCUGAAAAAAUUGGAGACCUCUUUGUAGCUUCUUUUUCCAAGUCAAUGGUGCUUGAUGUGUACAGUGACUAUGUCAACAACUUCACUAAUGCAAUGGCUCUCAUCAAGAAAGCUUGUAUGUCCAAACCAGCAUUCCUGGAGUUUCUCAAGAAAAAGCAGGCAUCCAGUGUGGACAGAAUCACUCUUUAUGGGCUGAUGGUCAAACCAAUCCAGCGCUUCCCUCAGUUCAUUCUUCUGCUUCAGGACAUGCUGAAGAACACUCCUGUGGGGCAUCAGGACAGACUGCCACUGCAGCUGGCCCUCACUGAACUUGAGACUCUCGCUGAGAAGCUGAAUGAGCAAAAACGGCUAGCAGAGCAGGUCGCUGAGAUCCAACAGCUCGCUCGCAGCAUCAGUGACCGCAGCCUCAGCAAGCAGCUGAACUCAGUUCAGAAGCAGCUGAUUAUGUGCGAGACAUUGAUUGAGACUGUCUAUGGUGAGAAGGGUCAAGUCCUCAAAUCUAAAGAGCGCAAAGUCUUCCUCUUGAAUGACUUGGUUGUCUGUGCAAACAUCAAUUUAAAGGGCCCCUCAGAUAUCAGCAGUCUGGUCCCUGUGGGGCCUAAAUACACAGUUAAGUGGAGCGCCCCCCUGCUGCAGGUUCAAGUUGUGGAGGUGGGCCAGGAGAUCCCCCAGUGCAAAGAAAGCGUUUACCAGCAGAGUGGCAGCAAACGCCUGAGCUCCAACAACUCGCAAGGAAAGCUGUUUCUGGGACCACCCCGACUGUUUCAGGAAUUGCAGGAGUUGCAGCAUGAUCUGGAAGUGGUGGAGGAAGUCACAUUGUUGGUGGGCACCCUACAGGGGUCUUACCAGAAUCUUAACACUACAGUGGGGCAGGAUUGGUGCAUGGCUCUUCAGAGGCUCAUCCGCAUCAAAGAAGACCAGAUCCAGUGUGCCAACAAGUGCCGUCUACGACUGAUGGUCCCUGGCAAGUCUGAUAAGUCUGGACGUCCAGUUACCUUCACAGUGGUCUUUAGUACACCCAGCCCAAUUAGCAAAAUCUCCUGGGUCAAUCGCCUGCAUCUGGCCAAAAUUGCCCUCAGAGAGGAGAACUUGCCUGGCUGGGUGUGUGUAGAGGAUGAUGAAAAGACUAAGCCUCCAUUCCGGUGCCCAUUACUGGCUUGCCAGGUGCCUGUUUUUACCCCAAAAGCACAAGAUCUGAAGUUGCAAGCUGCUCUGUAUAACCCCGUCCAGUGUGCUCUUCUUGGUUUCUCUGCUGCCAGCACAUCCUUGCCUCAGGGAUACCUCUGGGUGGCUAGUGGGGGUGAUGGUUCCCACGGGCAGGUGGAGAUUUUCUCCCUUAACAGACCCACUCCACGUUCUGUUAAGAGUUUCUCUCUUGGUUCCCAAGUGCUUUGUCUGGAGUAUAUCACAGAGCCCAGCACUGAUGAGGAACAGGAGGUACAGGCCACUGAAGUUCCUUUUAAAAUUGGCAACACCAUCUGUGUGGGAUUACAGGAUGGCAACAUACUAGUUUACGGCAGUGUGGACACUGCUGCUCAGUGUCUCCUAACAUUCUGUAACCCAGAGGUCAGUCCAGUUUUGUGCCUGAAACACUCUGCCAACUUUCUCUUUGCUGGACUCAGUAAUGGAAAGGUUGCAGUUUACAACAGAAAGAGUGGAGAGGGAUUGUGGGAUCCAGACUCCUGCAGACAUGUGGUUAUUGGAUAUGCACCCGUCCUCAAACUCCUCCGAAUAGAAGAGUGUGUGUGGGCCAGCUGUGCCAACCAAGUCUCUGUGAUUGAGGGCUCCUCUCUCAGGACUCAGAGUUUUGAAGCUCACCCAGACCCAAUGGUUAGUGUGACGCACAUGGUACGUGCUGGAGGAGGGGUGUGGAUGGCGUUUUCAGAGGGAUCAUCCCUCCGUCUGUUUCACACAGAAACAAUGGAACACCUCCAAGAGAUCAACAUUUCAACACACUCUGCAUAUUUCAGCCCCGGACAAAAAACUGUGUGUGUAACUAGCCUGCUCAUCUGCCAGGGACUGCUAUGGGUGGGAACAGCUCAGGGCGUUAUUGUCACCCUGCCAGUGCCCAGACUAGAGGGCAUCCCCAAAAUAACAGGUAAAACAAUGACAUCACUCAACGCUCACAGUGGUCCCGUUGAAUUCUUGGUAGCCACCUCUAGCAUUUUAUCUCAAGCAAUCCUAAAGCGGGAUUCUGCUGUGGAGGGUGUGGAUUCAAAUACUGGAGAGGAGGAUAAGGAGGUGACCAAUUCAUCUCAGGAGUCCCUCCAGCAGGCAGAUGGUGCUUCACACGGAGAAGCCAAAUCUAAAGGUGUGCUGCUGCAGUACCACCUGCGGUCUACCUCUCAGCUCCCAGGUAAGCUCCUGACAGCUCGGCCCGAAGAAGCACACUCCGACUCGACACGGGACUCUCUGGAGCACAGCCUGGAGGACGGUUCUAUCUAUGAGCUGAGUGAUGACCCAGAGAUUUGGGUAAGGGGCCCAGGGCCAUCUUCUAAGGAAGCAGCACGGAGGGAGAAGGUGACAUCAGCCGCUGUUAUAUCAGGUGGAAAAGGCUUCCGUCGGCUCACUAACUCUUCUAUCUCCACUGAAUCUAAUGAGAAUGCACUUGUGGUCUGGCAGUUGCCCAUUACAGUGUGAGGCAGUAAUACAUUUUCCUCCCAUUGGCUUUCAUCUGGUGUUUUUGUAGUGAUGGGUUGUCGGCUCACCGAAGGACAAAAGGACUAUUAGCCUGUAUUUGUAUGGCUUAUGCCGAAUUAUUCAUUCCACGUUUCUUCCAGAAGGUUUUAGGUUGAUGACCAACUGCGCCAUUCAAUAUUCAUUCUUUGUAAUAAUAGCAUGUAUUUGGUGUAUAAUGCACCACAACUAAAUAUAACAGUAAUUUCACCUCUUGACUGGUAAAUGACUGGUAUCACCAAAAUAUCACAUUUGAUUUUAGUCCACAUGCUUGCAAGGAAUCAGGCUUAGUGUUUUUUUUUAGAUGUAAUACAGAAAAUAAUCCUUAGUAUGUAUCUGAAAGCGCUGUGACCUAAUUCUUUCUUGUGUAAAUGAUAAAAAAUAUAAAUUUAAUGCAACACCACCAUAGGUGUGCACAGUAAAAGUGAGGCAAUAGAAUAUGUUGCAUAAUUCUAUUUAAAUGUGUUUUAAUGUUAUUUUAGUGUAAAAUGUGAAUAGCCAAAAAAUGAGAAAAAGGAAGCCUUUGGCAUAGGUACUUGUUUCAGAUGGUUCUUAUUUUACGCAGUGUCACUUUGUCAAAAAAUAAAUCAUAUUUGCUAUGAGAGACUUUUCUUCAUCUGCAAUCUUUCCAUUACUAUUUCAUUUUUUAUUUAAAUGCAUUUCAUAUUAAAUUCAGUUAUCAUUAAAUGGUUUUGAAACAACACUGUGUGCAAAGACUUGCUGUAAAUUAAUACUGCAGAGAAAUAUUAUAUGUUGAAUCUGAAAAUAUUUGUAUCCUUUUAUCUCUGGGCAGCCACUGCCUGCUCUCACAAUAAACAUAUCAGCAAAUGCAGUAUGGUGCAGCUCAGGCAGUGGUUAAUAUAUGCAAGUUGUGACACCAGUAGUACGUGAAGAGGAUGCUAAAUCACAUUGCUGGCAGACACGGAGUACAACUGACCUGUCAGGUUUUUUAAGAGCUGUCUAACAGUCACUCAUCAUUCUAUUUGGCAAAUGAUGGUUAAGGGACUUGGCUCAUUUCAUCUAUUAAUUUGUUUACAUUUAUUUCUAUUAAAUUGCACUACAAAAAUAAUGAACAAAUAAAUGUCAAGAUGUAUUGGUGAAUGCUCAAAUAAAAUGAAUCAAU